AUGGAUGACCAAAGCUCUGGAUCGGUCAGAAUCGAGAAGCUGACCGCAUCUAACUUUUACAUCUGGAAGCAGAAAAUCCAGCUACUGCUUGCUCUCCGAGAUGUCGAUCAAUACGUUUUUGAUGAUAUCCCGGAGAAUGCGACCUCAGAUGACCGGAGAAAGUGGAUCCGUGGUGACGCAAAAGCAAAGGCAGUCAUCGGACUCACGCUUUCUGAUGACUACUUGCAACAUGUGCGAGGGUGUAGCAGUGCGAAAGAGACAUGGGAAGCAAUUCUGAAUGUGUUCGAGGGUCAUACUUUGCUCAACAAACUUGCCGCGCGUCGCGACUUUUACACUGUAUCCAUGCUCCCAUCCGAGAAAGUGCUCGUGUUCAUCAAUCGUGUGAAGCAACUUGCUGCCAGAUUGCAGUCAAUGAGUGUUGAGAUUGACGAUAAAGAAAUUGCAAUGGCUGUGUUGAAUGGCUUGCCUUCACGAUUCGAUAACCUGAUUGUUGCUCUUGACGCACUUGGCAAUGAAGAUAAAGUGUUUGGACUCGAGUUUGUGAAGAGUCGUCUGCUGCAAGAAGAGCAACGAGAAAGCAUGAAGACCGCUUCUGCUUCAUCACCACAUGCACCUGCCCUUGUCAAUCGUAUGCCUAUUCGACGCGAUAUGAAAUGUACGAAUUGCAAUAGACAUGGGCAUACUGCAGCGCGUUGCUGGGGCAAGGACGUGAAUGGGCGCCGACCUGCACCGCCAGAUGGGUUUCGUGACUUUACUUGCUUGCUUUCGACUUCCACUCCAGAAAAGAGGGCUGCAAACGCAAGGUCAUGGCUGGUCGAUUCCGGUUGCAGCGCUCACAUUACGUUUGAUCGCUCUUUGUUCGUUACGUAUGAACAGAUGCAAUCUGGAUCAGUCGAGAUGGGCACGAAGGCUAGAGCUAAUGUCGCUGGUCGCGGCGAGGUAGAAUUCAUGUUGAACGUCAACGGUAGUCCCCAUCCUUGCAAAUUGUCAAACGUUUUGCAUGUCCCUGAUUUCGGAUACUCGCUACUGUCUGUUAGCCAAAUGGUUUCGAAGGGUUUGCAAGUGUCAUUUGAAAAUGAGAAAUGCCGCGUUACUGCAGGAUCAACUGUACUUGCUACAGCGAGUCAAGUUGGGGAUUUGUACAUACUUGACGUCAUGAAUGAAACCUUUUCUGCUCACGAAGUUUCCCUGCAGACGCUACAUGAACGCAUGGCCCAUGUUAAUGUACAAGGAAUCGCAUCAAUGAUUCACAAUAAUGUGGUACGUGGCAUCAACUCUGACAAUCACUCUCCCAUUUGUCCUGCGUUUGUGUUUGGCAAAGCAACGCGAUCAGUAAUCCCAAAACAGCGAUCAUCGUCUCGAGCACAGAACUGUCUUGACUUGGUACAUUCUGACGUUUGCGGUCCGCUCGAAGUACAGUCCAUUGGUGGUUUGAGAUACUUCAUUACAUUUGUAGAUGAUCACUCGAACUGGGUAGUUGUGUACACGAUGAGAAAUAAAUCUGAGGCGUUUGCAAAAUACAAGUUGUAUGAAAAGUUGGCUCAAACCCACACUGGUCGCAAAGUAAAGGUGCUUCGCACUGAUCGAGGGGGAGAGUACUUGUCGACGGAAUUCAAGUCGCAUUUAGAUUUAAACAGUAUGCAGCACCAACUCACAACGGCGUACACCCCUGAACAAAACGGUGUUGCUGAACGUUUAAAUCGAACUUUGAUUGAUCUUGUCCGCUCUAGGCUUUCUCAUAAACAGGUCAGUAAGCGAUUCUGGGCCGAGGCUCUUGCCACUUCGGUAUAUGUACGCAAUCGAGUUACUUCACGGGCUUUGCCCGUUAAUACAACCCCGCACCACAUUUGGAUGAAUUCUACUCCAAAUGUUGGCCAUUUGCGAGUAUUUGGGUCAAAGUGUUGGUAUACAUUACCAAAAUUAGAGCUCCGUAAGCUGGACUUGCGAGCGCGUGAAGCGAUGUUUCUUGGGUACCCGCAAUGCAGUAAGGCAUACAAACUUUGGGACGGAGAGUUGAAUAAAAUUGUUGUGUCACGGGAUGUCAAGUUUGAUGAAUCGACAUGUGGGAUGCAUGACAUUCCUGCACACGAAAGUGAUUCAAUCAACUCUGAUGUUGACGUUGUAUUUAUUGAAAAUGUGCGACCACAUGCUGUUAUCUGA